ACUGAUAUUUGCUUCGUUAUUCUUUAUUGGCUUGUUACUAAAUGAACUUCAAGGAUAAUAUUUUACAGCUUAUGAACUGAUUGAAGAUUUUUUUUUUUUGGGAUCAAUUUACUAGCUCAAGGUUGUAAUUUGUAGACUUUUUUACUGCUUUUUUAUUACUCCCUCUGUCCCAAUUUAUGUGAUGCAGUUCAGAUUUCGAGAGUGAAACAAGAAAAUUUUUGAUUGCGAUUUAUUCCUAUGCCCUUUGAAUAUUAUAAAUUGUUAAUUAUUAUGAUUUGUGACUUAUACUACUUUUUAUGUAGUUUCUAGAUAUGUAAAUUAUUUUUCAAAAAACUUGAAGAUUGUAUGUCUGAAUUUACGGUCAAAAUAAAGUAGUUUGACUCACGAAAUCUGAGCUGUAUCGCAUAAAUUGGACAGAGGAAGUAAUAUUUUUCUGCUUAUGAACUGAUUUAAGCCAAAAAAAAAAGUCAAUUUACUACCUCAAGGUUGUAAUUUAUAGAUUUUUUUUUUAUUGCUUUUUAAUUACUUGAUUCAUGUUCUUCAAAUUUUGAAGCUUUGAGAAAUUUGCGUGAAAUAAUUUUUGUUCUCUCAGGAAGAUUGUAUAUUUAGGAUGCUUACUGGAAAAUGAUUAUCUUCAAUUGCUUCUAAUGCUUUAUUUUCCCCAUUUUUUGAUAUGGCUGAUUUGUUGAAUGGAGAUAAAGGGAGGAUUUGGGAUUUGAAUAUGAAAUCUGAUCAGUGUGUUGCAUGUGGAUUGAGUGCUGGUUGAACUACUCAAAAGUAAUGUCAGAUCUGCAGUUAUACGAGUUAUUACAGCUAAAAUUCUUUAACUGGUGUUCCAGCUUGAUGAUAUAUCUUGGGAAGAGUUCUGCCACAAUGAUGAUCAUAUAGUGCCACAUCAAAAUAGUGGACGCACCAAUGAAUCGUUCUCCCAGAAUGAUAGCUGUAAGAAGCCCCGCCAUGAAGUACUUGGUUUAACAAGUAAUUUAGGUGAUCAAUCUGCCGGUAAAUAUGCUAAUCAGCAAAAUGAGCAAGCAUUGAGUAAUAGAAGCCCCAAAAUGCCAGAAAAGGACUCGUGGGGCGAUGCACCUGAUGGUGCAUUCUCUUCUACACGUGAAAAACCCAAAGUCAAAGAAGUUCCAAGUUUACCAUCUGAAAAUACCAGGAUAUCAAAUCGUUGCAUCAAGAGUAAUAAUAUAGACUCCAUUGAGAGCGAGUCCUGUCCCAAUGGUCGCACUCUGGAUGACAAGAGUGUUGCUGUGGGGGAAAACUCAUAUAGCUAUCCACUUGGUUCCAUUUCUCAGGCUGAUGAUGAUCUCAGUUUUCUUGACAAUAGUUGUGAGGAUAAAGACUCUAAUGAUCUUUUCUAUUAUAGCUGGCCUGAGAUAGAGAACUUUGAAGAUGUUGACAGGAUGUUCAGGAGUUGUGAUUCGACAUUUGGAUUUGGACCUGGUAGUGAAGAUGACCUGGGUUGGCUUUCAUCAUCAGAUGUUAUUGAAGGAUCUGGAGAUGGAUUGACGUCUGGUUUUAAGUUUCCAUGUCCAGCAUCGAGUGCGCUUGGAAGUACGUAUGCAAGUCAUGACACUUCAAAGCCAAAGGAAACAAACAUUUCAACUAACAAUUCUGGCACUGAAAAUCAAUCACUUGGCUAUAAUGGCAGUUCGUUGUCCUCCGAGAAAAAUGAAUCUGUAAAUCUGAGUCAUUUGUCUUUUUUAAAUGGAUCAAGUGAUUUGGAGUGCAAGUUAGUACCUGACAAGAAGGCUGAGCUACAUGGUGGUGGAGUCCAGGUCGAGGUUGCAUCUAACAACCAGCCAAGAAGCAACAAUAAUGUAGUGAAUAGUAUGCAAAAGAAACACUCCAAGCACCAGAAUCGAUCUGAGGGUAAAAGAAAAUGUGAUUAUCUAGAAAAUGACGAUACACUCAAUUACACUGAUAGCCUUCCAGAAGAGAAAAAACUGCUUUCUGGGGCUGCAAGCACUCAAGUGAAUUUCACUUCUGCAGGUGUGCUGCAGCAAAAGCAAGCCCAAGUACCUGAUUUUGGCUGCUUGGGUGGUAGCUUCUCUUACAUGCAUUCAGAUUACGGUCAUUCAGAUGGAAGUGUUCUCCAUCCAACUUUACCAAUUUUAAAAUAUGAAAGCAACGGUCUCGUGUCUCUUUCCCCCAAAGACUCCUAUGCAUCAAACCAGGUACAGUCCAUGGAGGGCUCUCCUGAUCCUUCCUUUCAGGUGGCUGCUAUGACAAGAAAUGAGAAGGUGGAGAAGUUACUCCUCCAGUCCGGAGUUAAGGUUGAAAAUAACCGUGAUCUUGAAGGGGUUGGCAUGGGAACUCCAGCAGAAUUAGGAUCGUCAGUUGUACAGGAGUGCACUUCUAUAGAUUCUCGGUUGGAUGAAAUUUCGGAAGAAGCAGCUAGUUUUCAUCAGCUUCAACGUGUCAUGGAACAGUUGGAUAUAAGGACAAAGCUAUGUAUAAGGGAUAGUUUGUACCGGUUGGCUCGGAGUGCUGAACAAAGGCAUAGACAUGCUAAUCCCAAUAAUGGCUUUGGAGAUGAUGGAGGUACCAGCGGACCACUGAUUAGCGAGGGAACAAACGAUUGCACAGGAUACAUAGACAUCGAAACAGACACAAAUCCUAUCGAUCGAUCUAUUGCACAUUUGCUAUUCCACAGGCCUUCAGAUUCAUCUAUUACCCCUGCCCGCGAUUCCUCGACUUUGAAAUCGCCUUCCAUGAUUCAUGGGUCGUUGUCUAACGCACCAGUGAUGAGCGACAACUUGAUCUCUCAUGGACAAAGUGCACCUCAAACAGAUAGAGAAGUUGCUGAUCAUUCACUAUAACUAUUUACGAAGCAAAUGCUGCUGUCCACUUUCAAUUUGUGAGGGGCUCACGUGCACAAAUUAUCAAAAUCUCUUACGAGGAACCUUUAUGUUUUCAAUGUUUAUCAGUGACCGGUUUCUGGUGCAUGUGACAACAUAUCCUUGUAUGAGUUUUCACAAUUAAGUUAUUAUUAGUUCCCUCUAUCACACCUCCGGUAACUGUAACCCUUCCAAACUCGGAAGGCAUACUCAAACAACCUUUCCUGUGUAUACGUAGAUCGAGCCAACUGACUCUUUUUGUUGUCUGUAAGUAGAUAAUACCUGGAAAUUUUCCAUAUACUGAUGUUUGCAAAGUCUUGAAGUA